GAUUUCUUCGCGCCCGAUUCUUGUAAUUUCGGUACCGUGUCUGGUAUUAUGUUAUUUCCAUUGGGCGUUAUUCUUGCCACUUGAUUGCGUUAAAUCUGACCUUUAGGCAUCCUGCUGUUAAUUGACGCGAUAUCUUUGUAUUUGACCAGACAAAGUAAUAAUUUAGUUUUACUCCCUGACUAGUGAUGCUGGAGUGUGCAGCACCGGGAGUUGAAGAUGCUAAUGUAUGGGGUCUCAUAAGUUUGAAGAAGGGGAAUAAAAAAGCGCAAAGGAAGAUUCUAAAUGAGUUCCACAGAAAAAAUGAAGUGUUGGAUAAAGCUGACGAAAUUCAGGAUGCUAGACAAGCCAGAAGAAUAGCUUUCAGAGGCGUUAAACGACAGCUUAAUCUCUGGAAAGGUCCAGUACACAAAAAUCGGCUUGCUGAGCAAAUAAUAUUUCCAAUAAAUGACAGAGAAAUUGUUAUGUCAGGUUCCCAAGAGGCUGCAAAAAUGAAAGAGCAAGUUUAUAUUAGAGAAACCAUAAAGGACUCGACAAAUUUACAGGGGAAGUUAUAUACUGCUCUGUAUGGAGAUACGGACACAAGUACACCUAAGGGAGAAAUUCCAGACAAGGCAGCAAAAAUGGUUUCUAAGAUGUUGCUGGAGAAGAUUGCUAUGCGUGACAGAGAACGUUUCUUACUUGCUCGAGCUGCCGCUCGCAACAAACGUCAAAACAAGAUUAAGAGUAAACGAUUUCAUCGCCAUUUAAAGGCACGUACAAUGAAGGAAUAUGAGAAAGAAACCGAGUCUUUACGCCUCAAUAAUCCUCGAAAGUUUGCCGAACGACUUCUCAAUGCUGAAUUAAAUAGAGUCAAAGAAAGAGCUAGUUUGAAACACAGAGGUGGUAGCAAAUUCGCAAAAUUACAGAAAUUGAGGGCAAAGUAUGACUCUGAGGCUAGAGCAGCUGUAGCAGACAUGCACGAGUUAUCCCGGGAGACCACACGAAAGGCUGAUCCUGACCUUCUGUCCGAUACUGAUGAAUCUGACGUAUCUAUCUCCUCCGAAUCUGAAGGAGAAUCGGAAGAGUCUGAUUUCAACUUAGACGAUGAUGUUGAUGAAGAAGUACAUGAAGUUCCUCAAACCCUUGGUUGGUGGAAAAAGGGCUUAACCGAGAAUAAGUCAAAGACUAAAGAGCAGACAACUAAAGGAGCUGUGCUUUCUACUCAGGCUGCUGAAGAAGUACUGGAGAAAUAUGAAGUCACUCAGUCAAUCUUAAACGAACCUGCAGUGUCUAAUACUAGUGUGACUGCAGAGCCAGAUAUAGUUGACCCUAAUUCAGAGGGAUUUUUCCACGCACUUCAAGAAAGCUUUGCAAAUGAUCCUGCAUUACAACAUAAAUUUUCUGUAGAGAAAUCUGAAACCGUAAAAGAUGAAGCACCUCAAGAUAUUGAUACGUUUUUGCCGGGAUGGAAUUCCUGGACAGGUCCAGGAACUGAAAAGUCUGAUGAAAAAAAGCGGAAAUCCAGGAUUAUACCUGCUCCUAAAGUAAAACGUGAAGAUGACAAAAAAUCUCAUGUAAUAAUCAAGCGGCGUGUAAAUCAAGAAUUCAAGCAACAUUUGGUAAAAACUAUUCCGUUCCCGUAUAACACACCAGAACAAUUCGAAGCGUUUAUCCAUCAGCCUAUUUGUAGAGAAUGGACAACAGAACUUACUCAUCGUGAACUAACAAGGCCCAAAGUUACAGUUCAGUCAGGACAUAUUAUCAGACCGAUAUCAAAGUCUGCAGCCUUACUACGUGAUAAAGACAUAGAACGCUUUGUUAAGCAAAACAAAACCUCGUAAUAUUCUGUACAUAAUCUUUACCAUUUACCAAUAUCUACAUUGUAAUAUAUGGUAUAAAAUUAUCUGUGGAUUAUUCAUUCUAAUUUGAAAUCACCUAAUUACAGAGAGGGGUUUCCACCCUAAAGGCGAGCUGCAUGAUUAUGGUAUUUAAAUAUCCAAUAGCCGAGUCAUAUUAGAAGUAAGACAAUCAUCAGUUACAAUGGAUGGUCGCUGCAUUUUACCGUACACUUAUUACAGUUGGGAAUAUCGAUCUUUGAAUCUUGAUUUAAUGGUCAAGUAGUUAGUCACAUGUGCAAGAUAUGAAGAUCCUUGGUUCGAUCUCUGACGAAAUGUGAGUGGGAUUCACUAAUAGUCCAUGCGAACAACAGCAGUGUUUGGAAGUGCACACAGGGAUACCAUCCCUGUGAGAAACAUCUGGUCCGGAAGUGUAGAUGAUUGUAACAUUUUCGAGCGUCGUCCGAAUUUCGUCCAUUUCAUAUCGAUCAUCUACGUUUAACUAGACGUCAAGAGAUGGCUGUUUUCCACAGGAAAACACCUUUGUUUCAGAAUUCCGAUGAAUGUCUGAGCAAUGCGUAAACUGUAUCAAACUGAACAAAACUAAGUAGACUGAAAUAAAUGAAGAUUUAUGGUUAUCGAUCCAAGUUUUUAACUAUUAGAACGUUAAGAAUUCAUCUUUUAAGAAAAAAAUAAAUGCAAAACGAGGUGGGUGUUAGCUCCCUGGAAAUUAAAAUAAUUACUCACCGAUGUUAUAUCAUUAAGUUUAGGUAUACAGGAUUCACCAUACUAUAUUAUCUUCCUCAUUAGUUUGACCUAAUGGGAGACACAGUGCAAACACAGCUUUGUAUGAAAUAAAAUAUACUGCGAUACUAUAAUUUUUAUUGCUGCUUCUUUUGGCAGAGAAUACAUUCAAAGAAAUUCCCUACAUUUUAUUACACAUAUAUGUCAUAAUUUCAUUGCUUCAGCAAGUAAAUAAUGGUCUUUAUAUUGUGGAUUUAUUACCUACACUUAGGUUAUUGUCUGAUUAGAUAAUCACCCACUGGUUGUAUUCACAUCUGUUUUGAAAAUAUUUUGAAGUAUUUUAACCAUUUAAUAUUUUGUUGGAAUUACAAAAGAUAGCAUUAACUUCGGAUGCCUUACAGAUCGCUAUAUUAACAAAUUUACUCGUAAUUACCCGACACAUAACUUUCGUCUUCAUGUAUUUUAAAUAGUUCUAAUAAUUUGUUCACAAAUGUCAUUUUUUUCCAAAAAAGGAAUGAUUAUUUGCAUUUUGAUUGAACUA